AUGUCAGCCCGGAGUCCCCGGCCCCAGUCCCGCCGCUGCCGCCGCCUCCUGCUCUGCUGCUGCUGCUGCGGCCGCCGCUCUCACCUCAACGAGGACACUGGCCGCUUCGUAUUGCUGGCCGCGCUCAUCGGCCUGUACCUGGUGGCUGGUGCCACUGUCUUCUCUGCCCUGGAGAGUCCCUCUGAGGCAGCGGCGCGGGAGCGCUGGGGCGCUACGCUGCGCAACUUCAGCGCGGCGCACGGCGUGGGCGAGGAGGAGCUGCUCGCUUUCCUUCGAGACUAUGAAGCUGCCCUGGCUGCAGGUAUCCGAGCCGAUGCUCUCCGUCCGCGCUGGGACUUCACCGGAGCCUUCUACUUUGUGGGCACCGUGGUGUCAACUAUAGGUUUUGGCAUGACUACACCCUCCACUGUGGCUGGGAAAGCCUUUCUCAUUGCAUAUGGCCUGUUUGGGUGUGCAGGGACCAUUCUUUUCUUUAACCUCUUCUUGGAGCGCAUCAUCUCUCUGCUGGCAUUCAUCAUGAGAGCCUGCCAUGAACGGCAGCUCCGUCGGAGCGGCCUGCUGCCCCCCAACUUCCGCCGUGGUUCGGCAUUGUCUGAGGCAGACAGCCUGGUGGGCUGGAAGCCCUCUGUCUACCACGUGAUGCUCAUCCUGGGCAUCUUUGCCAUCCUCCUCUCCUGCUGUGCCUCUGCCAUGUACACCAGCGUGGAAGGCUGGGACUACAUGGAUUCUCUCUACUACUGUUUUGUGACUUUCAGCACCAUUGGCUUUGGGGACCUGGUCAGCAGCCAGCAGGAGGCCUAUCGAAACCAAGGGCUGUACAGACUGGGCAAUUUCCUCUUCAUUCUCAUGGGUGUGUGCUGCAUCUAUUCCCUCUUCAAUGUCAUCUCCAUCGUCAUCAAGCAGGUUCUGAACUGGAUGCUGAAGAAACUCAGCUGCCAAUGUUGCAACCGAUGCCGGAGGCCCAGUUCCCGCCUGGGGAGACGCAAUGCCAUCACCCCCGGCUCCCGUUUCCGCCACCACCUCACCGCGAUGGAGGCCGACGGGCACUACGAUAGCGACGCGGAGGGCCGGAGGUUAUCGGGAGAGAUGAUCUCUAUGAGGGACCUGAUUGCCUCCAACAAGGUCUCCCUGGCCCUCUUGCAGAAGCAGCUGUCAGAGACAGCCAACGGCUAUCCCCGAAACGUGUGUGUCAACACACGGCAGAAUGGCUUCUCGGGGGGUGUGGGGGCUCUUGGGAUCAUGAACAAUCGACUGGCAGAAACAAGCGAUUCCAGGUAG